UCAGCUCAAACCAGCCACCUCCCGCUCGCUCGCUCGCUCGGAGUAUGGCGGUUCUAUCCGGUUUAAUCGGUUCACCAUUAUGGGUCAUAAUUUUAUUUCUUCUGUUAGUUAAGCCGCUCGACGGUCGCGGUUCGAGCCGUGGGCCCUUCGGUUGGCUCGCCGGCUCAGUGGCUCCGGCGCCUUCCGACGGCAUAUGCGCCACUUCCGUCGCCGUACACGGAUACAUAUGCCAGGAGCACGAAGUGACAACUCGAGAUGGAUACAUAUUGAAUAUGCAAAGAAUCCCAGAAGGACGCGUCAGUAAUGGAAAGACGACGCGGCAGCCUGUCUUAAUACAACAUGGAGUUCUUGUUGAUGGGAUGACGUGGCUGCUAAAUCCGGCGGAACAAAAUCUACCGCUGAUAUUGGCGGAAGAGGGAUUCGAUGUGUGGAUCGCCAACACCCGAGGCACCAGAUUCAGCAGACGCCACAACUUCCUUAACCCCGAUGAACCGACAUACUGGAACUGGUCGUGGGAUGAGCUGGUGACAUAUGAUCUGCCCGCUUUCUUCGAUUACGUGCAUUCCAAAACGUCCCAGAAGAUACACUACGUAGGCCAUUCCCUGGGGACACUGAUAGCGUUGGGGGCGUUGUCGGAGGGAAGGCAGGUGGACAAACUGAGGUCGGUGGCUAUGCUGAGUCCCAUCGCUUAUCUCGACCACAUGACCACUCCCCUCGGCGACCUUGCUGCCAAAGCCUUCCUCGGCGAAUUCACCACUCUUCUUGGCGUUUCCGAGUUUAAUCCCAAAGGAGAGCCAGUCGGGAGUUUCCUCAAGUCUCUUUGCAGCAGAUCAGGCGUCGACUGCUACGACUUACUAUCCGCUCUUACCGGCAAGAACUGUUGCUUGAAUGCCUCGACCGUUGAGUUGUUCAUCAAGAACGAGCCCCAGUCUACUUCAACCAAGAACAUGGUUCACCUUGCUCAGACGGUUAGGGACAAAGUGAUAGCCAAAUACAACUACGGAAGAGCUGACUACAAUCUGAUGCACUACGGAGAGGUGAGGCCACCAGCGUACAAUAUAUCAGCCAUACCUCACGACCUGCCAUUGUUCUUCAGCUACGGAGGCUCCGACUCCCUCUCCGAUGUCAGGGACGUCGAGCUUUUGCUGGACAGCUUCAAGUUUCACGACAUCAACAAGAUCAGUGUCCAGUUCGUCAAGGACUACGCUCAUGCCGAUUUCAUCAUGGGUGUUAACGCCAAAGACAUUGUUUAUAACCAAGUUGUUUCCUUUUUCAAGCGACAAGCUUGAUCUCAUCUCCCUAUCUGUCUUAUCUACAACAACAUAUGCCCUUCUUUCAUCACCAAAUCAAAACCCAUGUGUUUGUCUGAA